AUGUCUGAUACAGAAGUUAUGCUGUCGAAAGAAGACUUUAGAAAGCAAGCGAGAACAUUGCAAGGCUCUCGUGACUUUGGUGCCCAGCUAUUCUGCGCUUUGUUACGAUCUGUAGCAGUAGAGGCGAGACUCGUUUGCUCCCUCCAACCCCUGCCUUUCUCUGGAACGACGAAAGAUCUUACGCCCUCGAGGCCUUCUUUGCAAGGUCAUUUCCCCUCGGAAGAACGUGAAGACUCGUCAGAUGGAAUGUCGCCUACCAAACCCUCUCAGCGGACUCCUAAAGUUCGAAGACUUGGUCGACCGGAGUUCAAACAAUCGCGACCUUCAAAGUCUGUCUUUGUUGGGGCUCGUCCAAAUGUUCGAGAGUCAACUUACCCGGUAUUCUGGGUUGAAGCUUUCAACGAAGCGGUUCAGAAAUGGAUUCCUGUCGACCCUCUCGUAACGAAGUCCCUUGCCAAGUCCUUCAAGUUUGAGCCUCCAUCGAGCGAUCCAUACAACUGCAUGACUUACGUGGUUGCGUUUGAAGAUGACGCUUCGGCUAGGGAUGUCACUCGACGCUACGCGAAGGCUUACAAUGCAAAAACACGCAAGCUUCGUGUCGAGUCAACAAAGAAUGGUGAGUUAUGGUGGGCGAGAGUGAUGCGCUUUUACGAAAAGCCUUUCUUAGAGGAUCGGGAUGAAGUCGAAGUCAGCGAAUUGACGGCCAAGACGGCUGCGGAACCAAUGCCACGGAACGUGCAAGAUUUCAAGGACCACCCGAUUUAUGCGCUUGAGAGACAUCUCCGCCGCAAUGAGGUUGUUUAUCCUAAGCGUGUGAUUGGGCAAGUUAGCCUUGGAAAAUCCGGAUCAAAAAACCAGAAUCUGGAGCCCGUCUAUCGCCGAUCCGAUGUCCAUGUCCUCCGCAGUGCAAACAAAUGGUAUCGUGUUGGACGGGAUAUAAAAAUUGGGGAGCAACCCUUAAAACGUGUACCGGCAAACAGCCAUGCUGCCGUGGCUAUGGAUGACGACGAGAGCGCUGAAGGAACUGGCGAAACACCGUUAUAUGCUUACUUCCAAACAGAGUUAUAUACGCCACCGCCCAUUGUCCAGGGGAAAGUACCGAAGAAUGCCUACGGAAACCUGGAUGUGUACGUGCCGACGAUGGUACCUCCUGGUGGUGUUCAUAUCAAACAUAAUGAUGCGGCGCAUGCGGCCAAAAUACUUGGCAUUGAUUUUGCGGAUGCUGUGACCGGAUUCGAGUUCAAAGGGCGACACGGAACAGCUGUGUUUCAAGGGAUCGUCAUUGCCAGUGAAUAUUGCGAGGCGCUCGAAGAGGUACUGAGAGGCCUCGAAGAACAAAGGCUUCAGUCCGAGCAGGAUGAAAGGUCCGCCCAGGUCCUUCGCCUUUGGAGACACUUUUUGCUUCGGCUCCGUAUAGCCGAGAGAGUAAAAGGGUACGCGGCUGAAGGCGAGGAGGAUAAUGACGGAGGAAGCGUUGGAAGUGACAUGGACUAUGAAGACACAGAGGAAGAUUUGGGGGGUGGGUUCCUCCCAGAACCUCCGGCGAAGCCAUAUAGUCCACAUGCCGAUAGAGGCCAUGGGGAAAUGUUGCAGCAGAUGCAUUCGGAGGAGAUUGCCGAACCUAUGCUCCCAGAAAAGGAAGAGCCUGGAGGGUUCAUUCCCGACGAGGAAGAUAAGAAAGAAAGGCCGCCAGAUUCCACGCAAGGUGCGAAACCGGAGGAGAAAUCCCGGUAUACGCUGGUCGUGAUACCGAAAAGGACAGCCUCGGAUGAACAUAUUGAACCAUCACCCGACUCCAGAGACAUUGCCGAAGACCCCGUGGCUCAGAAUUGCGAUAAGCUCGCUGGUUCAUUGGAAGCUCCCAUUUCAGUGGAUUCAUCUACGGCAACGAACUCGAAAUCUGCGAGUGUCGAAAUAAUCUCCCGUCCUGUUUCGCAAGCACAGUCGCCAGUCGGAUCCCCUAAAGGGUCUGUGAGAGAAUCUGAAAUUAUCAACGCUGAUAUGGCGUUCCCGGAGCGGUUAAAUUGGCCUUGGCACGUGGUCCGUGCCGACGCGUCGACGACGCGGUUGCCUUCCAAGCUCAGUGCGACCGCCGAUAUCAAGAAAAGUCAGGAACAGUUCCGGGCACCAGACAAGGCGUCUGCCGCACGUGUGGGAGGAGAAUCCAGCAAGUCGAACGCUCCAUCUACCCUGACGAGAAGAACAGGGACGCCUGGAUCUUCCUUUUCCACGUCGCGAUCAUGGAGGAGAGACACCUUGCCGCCCGGUUCACGCCAUCAGCCCACGCUCACGCAGAUUGAUUUCGUGACUCCCAUUUCACAGAACCCUCCGUCAGAUGAUGGACUCGAUUAUAUCCCAGAAUCAAAGCCUAAUCCCAACGAUGUUAUUGAAAUAGAAGACGAUUCGGACGACAACGACGCCGAUUACCAACCUUCAUCCCAUAGAAGGUCCAGACGUUCCCGUGAGGACCGGUCUGAGCAGGCUACGAUUAUCCGUGAUCCCCAGAAGAAGACUACGACACCUAGAGAUACCAAGCGUGGUCGAAGGAAGAGCAGCGAGAAACCUAAAUCUGGACGAAAAGAGAAGGCGAAGAAGGAGAAGCAACGACAUAAAACCCUGACGCAGAUGGAUUACGUGCGGCGAUACCUCAAGAUCGAACCCGAGGAUGAGGUGAAGUUGGAAUACACUUACAUCACGCCAAAAAAGAGCGAGCCAGAGACUGGUGAUCACAAACGACGGAAAGUGGACAAUGAUUGCACCCGGGAGCACACAACAAUUCCUGCGGAGGACAAAAAGGCAGCCCUCCCACACGGUCCAACUACGCCAAAGAAGCACAAAAGGGCUGUAAUACCGUCAUCACAGUCUCCAGAAAGCCCUGGAUUAGCAAUUAUCUCGCCAUCCCAGUUCCGACACGACGCUCAUUCUCCAUUGAAACGUCUCGCCCCUUCGACUGCGAACCAUCGCAUAAAGGAGGAGUCACCAGAACUGGGCAGCACGAAGACGAGGGCAUGGAGCCCAGAAAUGGUACCGUUCCCGUCAAGUGACUCACAACAAAUACCAAAGGCGCCCUCUUCAGCCUCACAUAAGGUCGCCCUCUCCCCAAAGACCCACAUCGAUGCGCCAGCUACGCAAUAUCCUUCUGGAGAAGAGAGGACGCUUCCUAUCAAGGAAGCUGUACAUGUCGAUGAUCCCACACCACAACUGACGCACAAGUCAAGGACUGUGGUGUACGAAACAGACGCUGACACAGACUACGGCGAAUCCGAGGAUGAUGUUCCCAGUCCUGUUGCCCCGGCAGAAGACCGCGGUUUCCCGGAUAAUGACUACACACACAUCGGCAGCGAUGAUAUGGGAAAUGGCGACUCUUUAGAUCUUCCGCCAAUCACUCAGUCUCAACAACAUGUCGAAUCAGAGAUCCCAGCUUCAGAAACAAACCUACCUUCUGAUGCAUCGAUAUUUUACCAACGUCUGCAACCAACUACACAAUUUCCCAUGGAGCCACUCCCGGACCUAAAUACACAGAAACUAGCCGAACUUUUCCCAGAAGCCUCGAAUGCUUAUAAUACUUCGGCUAUCAGACGAUUACCCCAGUCUUCUCCUUUGGCUACAAGCCGUGUACAGCCUGGAGCGACGCAGACACAGACUGAAACUCAGUCCCAGUCCCAGUCACAAGUUCUGGACCCGACACCAGCUGAAAUCGUCCCUGAAUCUUCCCCAAUCAUGCGCAAUGGAAGCGAACGGCAUCAUCCAAUCGAUCAAGAGCAGGAAUCCCAAAGUCGAGAUGCCAUAGUGCAGGUGGAGUCGUCGCAAGCCGUGGACCGAGCUUACAGGCAAGCCUCGAUGGGACAUAAAGCGCGCUCUCGGGGUAUCCUUUCCGGGAGCGAUCUCCUGACUUCCAGCGUCAUGGAGAGUGUGCCUCUGCCAGCUUUUUGGUUUGGCAGCCAGGAUAGUGUUGGGGAGCCAUACAACUCAUCCGAGGCUUGA